ACAAUAGCCCAGUCACCGUUCAGAUUUGUGGGUGAAUUAUAACAGUCAUUCCGCCAAAAAAAAAAAAAAAUCAUAUUUCUCAAUUUUAUAUCCGAAUCUCAAUGUAAAAUUUUCAAUUUUUUUUUAUCGCCGGCCCCGAAGACAAGACACCGCUGUCUUACUACUCCGCAAUGGCGUAUCUAGCCAUAGUCUUAUCCUUCACCGCGGUAGGAUUACUACUCGGCCUCGUCGUAGUGUUAACAAUGCUCCCCUCCCGUUACGUAAAAAAACACUCACCCACCGCAUCCAAGGAGGAAUCUGCCGUUUCUGUGCAAGUCCUGGUCCUAGGAGAUAUCGGCCGGAGCCCACGCAUGCAGUAUCACGCGCUGAGUAUUGCUAGACACGGCGGAAGCGUUGACCUCAUUGGAUACCUUGAAUCAACCCCUCACCCAGAUCUUCUCUCCAACCCACGGAUCAAGAUCUACCCACUAGCAACCCCCCCAAGCCUGCUAAAGUCCAGCUCUCUCCCAUUCAUUAUCUCCGGGCCCCUGAAAGUGCUAUGGCAGAUCUGGACUCUGGUCCACGUCCUGGGGUACCAGACCCCGCCAGCACGGUGGCUUCUAGUCCAGAACCCGCCGUCCAUCCCUACUCUCGCCAUCGCGCUUCUCGUCUCCAUCCUGCGCAACACGCAUCUCAUGAUCGACUGGCACAACUACGGCUGGACGAUCCUCGCCGGGACCAAGGGGCGCAACCACCCCUUCGUCCAGAUUUCGAAGGCGUACGAGUGCGCCUUGGGCCAGGCGGCACCGACUGCCAACGUCACCGUCACGCAUGCCAUGAAGCGGCAGCUCGAACGGGCCCCUUAUAACGUGACCGCGCCCAUUCAUGUCCUCCAUGACCGCCCAGCCGCUAUUUUCCACCCCCUGAAGUCAUUGUCGGAUCGCAAGGACUUCCUCGAAAGGCUACCAGAGACGCGAGAUUUCGCCUCCAACAUUUUGGCAGGCGACACGCGGCUCAUAGUGAGCAGCACCUCCUGGACACCCGACGAGGAUUUCUCACUCUUACUGGACGCGCUGGUCACGUAUGCGAAACAACCACAACAACAACAACAACAACAACAACAAGAUACAUCGUGUCCCAUCAUUGCCAUCAUAACGGGGAAAGGCCCACAGAAAGCAUUCUACGAGGGAAAAAUUCGCGAAUUACAGAAAACCGGGCGAUUACCUAAUAUCCGUAUACUCACGGCCUGGCUCAGCAUGGAAGACUACGCCAACCUCCUCCGCUGCGCCGACCUAGGAAUCUGUCUGCACAUGUCUAGCUCGGGCGUCGACCUGCCGAUGAAGGUCGUGGAUAUGUUCGGGUCUGGGUUGCCAGUCGCAGCAUACUCGGGAUACGAGAGCUUUGACGAGCUGGUCAAGGAAGGGGUUAACGGGCUUGGGUUUGAGACCGCAGACAAGCUCGCUGCUAUCUUGAAGAGAUUAUUCAGCAACGAAGGUCUGGCCGAGCUGCGGACUUUGGGCGAAGGCGCUAAGAAGGAGAGUAAUCUGCGAUGGGACGAGGAAUGGGACCGAAUACUAGGGCGUGUGCUUGGGGUCAUGGACUGAAGCAAAAUCAUCAAAAGUUCGGAAAAAAAAGUUAGACAAAAUAUUGGCUUAAAUUAAGAUGCAUGAGAAGGAUGAUGACCCCCAUGUUGUAUGAACGCCUUUAACUAUGCUGGAUAAACCAACAGGAUGCUUA